GAUGCGAUGGAUGACGCUGCUGGUAAUGGUCAACUGGAAGCAGUGCAAUGGCUCCACAAGCAUCGAUCCGAGGGAUGCACGUCCAAGGCGAUGGACGAGGCUGCCGAAUUCGGACACUUAGAAGUGGUGAAAUGGCUUCACUUGAAUCGACCCGAAGGGUGCACGUCGUGGGCAAUAGGCGCAGCUGCUGCGAAUGGACGAUUCGAGGUGGCAGUGAAGUGGCUGCACGAGAAUCGAUCCGAAGGCUGUACGACCAAGGCGAUGGACGAGGCCGCUGCAAAUGGGCACUUCGAGGUGCUGAAGUGGCUUCACGCCAACCGACCCGAAGGGUGCACAACGAGCGCGAUG